UGGAUAUUGAAAAUCCUAUCAUUAGACUGGUCAUAAAAGGCUGAGAUCACACAUGUUGAAUGUUGAUAGGAAUAAUAGAAGCACAAAUAUAGUCAAAUCUUGAUGGCAUGGUCGGGCUUGGGGAUUCUCUUAAUAUCAAAACAAGAUUCGAUUUUCUCCUAAUGUCUGCAUUUUUUCAGCAAAUAUCUGCUACCCUUUUAUCCAUGCAUUUUCUUGGUGACUCGAUCUUUAAACAAAACUGGAUUUUCCAGCUAUUAUAACUAUAUCUAAUUUGUGGACCAUACCCACCAUUUCUCCAGUCUAUUUAAGCCUGCGACCAUUUCACCAAUCUAAUCUAAUUUGUAAAGUAUUAAAUAAGUUCAUUUCACCAGGAAAGGAUCAAAUCAGAGUUGGGAAAUGGGUUCCAAAAACGUUGGAAAUGGGUUGUCUGCACUUGUAGUAGACGAUGACCCAGUUGCUCAGAGGAUCCACAAGGUGCUCUUGGACAGAUGCGGUCUCAAAACUCAGGUGGUCAAGAACGGGGAGGAAGCCGUCGUGCUCCACCGCUCCGGUGCUCAAUUUGAUCUUGUUCUGAUGGACAAAGAAAUGCCGGUUAAAGAUGGUGUCCAUGCUACACGAGAGCUGCGGGAAAUGGGUGUGAAGAGCAUGAUAGUGGGCGUGACUUCGCUCGGACCCGGUCCAGACAUGGUUGCAUUUAUGGGGGCUGGGCUCAACCAGUGCUUCACAAAACCCCUCACUCCUGAAAUUGUUUACCGCCUGGUGGUAAGCUCCACCGAGAAGUGACAAACACAGAUUUGGGGAAUAUCUUGUUUUAGAGUAUUUUACUUAUUUGGUAUUUGUCAAUUGUCGUGCUAUAAUUUUUUGACAAACUUGUAAUUUAUAAAUUUAUCAAGCAAUAUAAUACAGAAAACUGUCAUCUGUUCUCUUAGCAAUUUAUUUAGCACCAACUCGGCUACUC